UGCUGCAGUGGCAGCAUGGUUCCAAUUUUAUCGCUUGUCACUAUGCUCGUCACGUUCGCACUUACAUAGUUGUUAGAACGUGACAGGCAUGGUGACAAAUGAUAAAGAGCCAACCAUCUUAGCCCUACUGGACCGGAUGGAUUGCACAACUUCUGGCUAAAAUGGUUCUGAUGCUCGUACUCGCGCCUGGCAGCACAAUUUCAACAAGCCCUCGAGCUUGGUUCUCUCCCACCAUGCUUAACAACUGGUGUCACCUUCCUGCUCUAUAAGUCCGGUAGUACCACGGAAGCAAAGAACUACAGACCCAUCACGUGUUUGCCUACACUUUAUAAGCUCCUUACAUCCAUUUUGAGAGCAAAAAUCAACGCGCACAUUAUAUCGCUAAUAACAUUUUGGCCGCCGCAACACAUUUUGCAGCACACACACACACACACACACACAUUUCACAACGCAUUUUGGCUGUAGUGCAAGUUGACAAAAACUAUAAACUUUGAAAUGUUGAUGCUACGACACGUAUUAUUACAUAUUAUCUCUUAUCGAUGCGAAUUAUACAUAGAAUAAUAGUGGUAUCUAAUGAUAGCAUUAUCUUAUAAUUAAUCCUUUAAAUAUUUCUUAGUAUAUCAAUUUUCCUAUGAUAUUUUAGACGCGACUGCUUAUUUAAUAUCAUUCGUUUGUCUUCCGUAUUGAUUGCGCAACCUAUUACUAUUUCAUGAAUUAAAAAAAUUGGGUUAUGGUUACUGCUUCGAUAUUCGCACUCAACCCGUCAGUAUCGGACCAUUAAUGACUCAACCAAUAUUUAUUGUUAUGAUUUGUUAUCUAAAAAAUGUAUUCUAUCAAAGCAAAAGAUGGCAAAGUACCAUUUGAAGAAGCGCUUGCAAAAACAGGUUAUGGAUUGUACAGUUACCUAAUAAUAGCGCUAGCGGGCGCGUCCACCAUAGCCUUCGUAACACUAACGUACGGGAGCAGCAUCAUUGUGCCAGCAAGUGCCUGUGAACUGGAUACCACCAGCGCGCAGCAAGGGUUGUUAGUGGGGGUGCCUAUAGCAGGGGCAGUGAUAGGCUCCCUGCUAUGGGGCUACCUGGGCGACACGCGCGGCCGCCGCCGCAUGCUGCUGGUAUCACUGGCGCUGGGCGCCGCGUCCAACGCGCUGGCCAGCAUAUCUGUCAACUGGAUCAUGCUGAUGAUCAUCCAGCUGUGCACCGUCACAUUGGGAUCAGGGAUCUACGUGCUGUCAAUGACUCUGCUCAGCGAGAGCGUACCACUACAGAAACGUAAUGUCGCCAUGGUUCUGGUUUCCAGCGUCUUUCUCCUCGCACAAGGCAUCUUAUCAGUAAUGGCGAUACCCAUCAUCCCACUCACGUUCUCCUACCACCUUGAAAUACUUGGUAUCUACUGGAACUCCUGGCGUACACUGCAGGUGGUGUACUCACUUCCGUGUCUGAUCUGCGCGGUGUUCUGGGUAUUCAUGCAGGAGAGCCCCAAGUACGAACUGGCCAGUGGAAAUGAGGAUCAGGCAAUGAAGAUCUUGAGGACCAUCCACAGGUUAAAUAAUAGCAGAAGUGAAGAAGAAUUGCAAGUGAAAGAGCUGUUGCAAGAGACAGAUGCCACAGAGAAGAAAUCAGAUGCAAAGGAGCAAAUAGUGCCGCUGUUCAAGAAACCAUAUUUGAAGAGGACGUUGAUCAUGGCCAGUCUCUUCAUAUUGUUCCAAAUUAUAGUAGCUUUCGUGGUGUGGGCACCGAGCAUUGCCAAUCAGCUGAUGAAGUUGCUGGAGACAGGCGAGGGCUCAGACCUAACGCUAUGCCAGAUCAUCGCCACCGAAGUCGAGGUUGAUUCAGAUGCACCACCCUGUUCCAUCAACAGCAUCGCCAUGCUGCUUCUCCUAGCCAUGUGCUCGCUGCAAUCUGUCUUCAACACCGUCCUCAGCCUGAUAGUGGACAAAGCAGGCCGCCGCAACACCGCCAUGGUCGUCGCCUCCCUGUGCGGCUUGUCCGGCGUGCUGGUCAACUUGGUCCCCAACGCCGCGGGCACGGCUGCGCUUUUCGUAGUAUUCUCUCUGGGUGCCGUCACGAUGGGCUUUUAUACCGCCAUCGCUGUGACAUUGUUCCCCACAAGACUCAGGACCAUGGCUAUGGCCAUGUCAAUGAUAGGCGCUAGAUUGAUGAGCGUCGUCUUCAUUCAAAUCAUCAACUACCUCCUCGUCAAUUCUUGCGAGCUGGGCUUCUACCUCUUCUCAACUCUGUUUGCCUCUUCAGCGUUGAUAUUAGCCCUAUUACCAGACGACCGCCGGCUGCUCGCGCCUCCGAAACAGCCCGAUCCAGAAAUUCUUGGUGACCAACAUGAGCAGAGGACAUCUUUUUAACGAAUAGCUUUAUGAUCUUACACAUCAUCGCGUCAGCCAAAUGACAGUCUUGCUUAGACAAAGCUCUCUCUGAGGAAUGGUCACCGCGCACAACGCUACCCUAGUGACAAUCAGAUGAACUGGUUCAGUUUUAAAAAACAAUGUGCUUUUGCAAAGCAAUACUAUCUACUCGUAGAUUGUUGACGGCCUUAGUAAUUCUACAGUGAUAUCAUCAUCCAAUCGAAUGUAUAGAAGUUAUUAUAAUAAUUUCUCUUUCAGAGUCACACCUAGCAAAACAACAAAAAUGUCUACUUCUAAUAUGAAUAUUUAAUGCAACAUGUCUGUAUUUUUAUUACCUUUAAACAACUGUGUUAAUAAAAAAAAAAUUGUUUCAAGAAUAAAGAUCUGUGAAUUA